UAGAUGUAUAAAUAAAUGAUGAACAUUUCUAUUUGUAGGCCAUUCAAGAGAUGGAGCCUGGGAUGGUAGCCAUUCAUUGUCAGGAAGUUGGAGGAAAAAACUACGAGGCAUCCAUGCAACAUGUGAACCAGUUUGUCAAAGCUAUGCUUGGAAGUGAUGAGUUACAGAAAUACGACCGAGCGCGAGUCUUCCUGGACGAAGAUUACACGGCAGCAGAUAAAUUUACUGCUCUUGGGAACUUGUAUUUUAUCCAUGAAUGUGUAGAAGAGGUCCUCAUUUAUGAUUUUAUAGAGUGUAAAUUCUGCCCAGUAGAAGGCAGGGAGGUACUUUCAGGGAACAUAGAAAAUAUCCAAAUCAAGGAAAAGGCAAAAUACCCACAAAAUUUCUUCCCAGAAUUCAAAUGGUCACGGAAGGGCUUUCUGCGGACAAGAUGGAAUAUAAAUAAUUGUGUGUUUGACUUGAUAAAUAUUCAUCUUUUCCACGAUGCCUCAAAUAUUGUAGCUUUACAAAAAAGCCCGUCAGUUUACAGUGAGAAUAGGUACAGAGCAUUAGCACAUACAUUACAAAGGUUUGAAACGGAUCAAUUUGAGAAGUUCCCGUACUUUAUAUUUGGUGAUUUCAACUUCCGACUAGAUUUACAUUCCCUUUUAAAGGAUUUAACGGAAAAAACAGAAGCCAAUGAAAUACGAGGGAAGAAAAAUCAAAUCUCAAAACUGUCUUAUACUGAUGCAAAUAACAAGGUUGUGUUAACCAUAGAAUCAAAGUAUUUUGAUCAUCAUGAAAAACAUAAUGAAAUAUUUUCCAAUAAAGAUAAAAUGCUGAAUAAAUAUGACAAGGAAUUAGAUGCAUAUAAAGAUAAGUUGUAUGAAUACAGUAUAGACUUCCCUCCGAGUUAUCCGUUCAGUGAAGAUGUUAGUGAUGGUUUAUCAUACAUGAAAACUCGCUGUCCGUCGUGGUGUGAUAGAAUUCUACUCAGUAACUCAACCAAAGACAUUUUAUACUCAGAUGAGAAGAUGAAGCCAAAGUAUGACAUCAUCGGGAAAGAUGUUUGCAUGGGAGAUCAUAAGCCGGUGUACUUGUUGUUGCGGUUAAAGAAAGGAAAAGGUAAACAAACGCCAGUGUUUGAUACUCAGACUUCUGUUGAGCGUAGAAAGAUGUUGGCACAUAAAAUAUCUAUUAAUGGUGAGACAGUUGACUUAGCGCAUGACCAGAUUAACAUACAUGACUUUGCUGAAUUUGAAAAAACCGAUCAGUUGAUACCGGAAUUCCGGUUCAGCAUUAAAAGUAAAUCUUCUACAUCCAUGAUCCGACAGCAGAGAUUACCCGAGGUUGAAGAUGAUGGAGUGUUUCAAGACGAGGCUCCGAAGAAAACCAAAUCUUUUCAGGAUAUUGCCCGACAAGUGUAUCUUAUGGAGAACGCAUUGUCUAAAUGGCCUCGCAGACCUAAAUCAAGGCAUCACAGCUCUUCGUCCGAAGACUUGGCUGAAGAUGACAAAAGUAGAGAUGACGUAGACCCUGAUGAAGUCUCUGUCCAUACAGAUAUCUCUGAACUGUCUGACACAGAAAAUGACACACAGGCUGAGAAUAAAACUUUAACGAAUACUAAUUCAAACUCUCACAGUACUGAUGAUAGUGAACUGAGAAAACGGUCGGGUGUAGGAGCAAAUCUGAGCAAUGAAAAUAAAAACGAGGAGUCUAGACUCAAAGAUAUACCUCAAAAAAUUGAUUUAUCAGAAAGUCAAAACAUAUCAGUGCAUGGGGGAGGUGUUGAUUUGCAUGAGCAUGAAUGUAUUAAAUCGAAAGACGCGCAAGCAAACGAGAGCAAAAAUAAGGAGCGCAGCGGCCGCAAGAAAAGAUGUCCAACUUGUGUUGUGCUAUAGAUUUUUGGUGUUGUUCAACCUUUAUGUUGUAAACUCUUUGUGAUCAACCGUAUCCUCCUCACCAGAAUUGGCACAGUUGCCAAUGGCAACAGAAGUUAUUGUUCCUAGCACGCAAGUUAAAAUAUCUGAAGUUGACACUACGAAGUACAUUCAUAUACGACAAAACGGCACUUCAGCUAGAGUG